AUUUCGGAGGUAUAAAAAUCACUCAAAUCGAAGCCAAAGGUUCACAUUAGCUGCAAAGAUGGAAUACAUAACACUCCCACAAACUGACAUCAAAGUGUCUCGAAUUUGUUUAGGAUGUUGGCAAAUGAAUGACAACAAGGCAAAUGCCUCAUGGGAAGCUCAAACUUACGAGACAUCAAAGGCCUGUGUAGAUAAAUGCCUGGAGCUGGGAAUCAACUUUUUUGAUACAGCUGAGGGUUAUGCAGGAUCGGAGGAAGUGUUAGGGAAAUGUCUACAAGGUCGACGACAAGAUGCUGUCAUUGCAAGCAAGUUUGGUUUCCGAGAUGGACCGUCCACGCCAGCAUACACCGCCCAACAAAUCGAUGAGUCUAUCACCAAAGGUCUACGAAAAAUGCAGACAAAUUAUAUAGAUUUGCUUCAGGCUCAUUUCCCAAGUUUUAUUGAGAAUACAGAGGAAGCUAUUACUGAAUUGAAGAGACAAGUUUCCCUGGGAAGAAUCAAGAGCUUUGGUGUGUGUAAUUUUGGACCAAAGAACUUAAAGUCAUUGAUAGAUUCAGGAUACAUUCCAGUUUCUAAUCAAAUAUGUUACAAUUUACUAUGGAGAUCAGCAGAAGAUGGUAUUCUACCAAUCUGCCGAGAGAAGGAUAUAGCAGUACUGGCGUAUAGCCCUCUACAACAAGGUCUCCUCAGUGGUAACUAUAUGACGGUAGAUGAUGUACCUAUGGGCAGGAGGAGAGGAAAAUUAUUCUCACCUGACAGUUGCAGUUCUGGUCGACAUGGAACUCCUGGAUGUGAGAAGGAACUUUUUGAGUCUCUACGAUCUAUGAAGGAUAUUUGUGGGAAGGCAGGUGUACCAAUGGCGAAGGCAGCUAUAUCAUGGAUCAUGCAGAAGGAGAGUAAAUCUGUCGUUAUUGUCGGGUGUAGAACACCCGAACAGGUUGUCGAUAACUUCAAUGUCGUUAAAAUAUCUGAUGAUCUUGUCAAGCAGUUGACAGAUGCCACAGAAGCUGUGAAGACAAAAGUUGGAUCAGCACUUGACCAGUGGGCAACUCCUGAUAGAUGUGAAUAGACCACUUCAGUCAUUACUUAUUUUUUUAUCUCUUUAGAUUUAUACAAAAUCUUUAUAAAUCAAAAGGCCAAAAAAUCAAUGUCUGUUUCUUAUUCUUUUCUUUCCUUUCUCCAAAUUUUAUUGUUGUUAUGCAACAUGUAAAAACAUACAAGUAUUACAAUAGUAUUUUGCCUGUAUUUUUUCCCUAAAAUAAACAGAAAAAUGGAAGCACUGUCUGGUUAUCUCAAUAGAUAGAGCGUUGGACUGUGAAUUGAGCAAUCGAGUUAAAUUUCCAAAGGUCACAGGUCACUUUCGUUGCGAUUAUGAAAUCUUUUCUAUGGUCAUUUGUACUUUACCUCUGCUCUGUCAUGUACAGAAGUUUCAGUUCCUUGCCCAAAUGAAGGCAACAAGUUCUGGUUAAUUGCUUGACAAGCCUACCCAGGAAAGAUGCAGUGGCUGAACUGUGCUCCGGUAAAUUAAAUGUGGCUUACUGCUGUGAUUCUGAGUGAAAACUACCAACAGCAUCAAAGGACUGACCAUAUUCUUUGGAGAUUUGUACUGGAACAUACAUGAAUUUUUUGGUCUAAUUGUGUGAAAGAGAGCAGAACAUUUAUUUUACUUAAUAUAUUUACAAAAUUGAUUAUAUAUUACAUGAAUGUGAUAUGUAGGUCUUCUUUUUCUUUGUUUAUUUGAAUGAUAUGAGUUUAAAUAUGUACACUAUCUAUAUAGAUUUCGGGUAAACAUUGCCACAUUUGAAACUAUGUGUGCUUGAAAUUAUCUACGCAUUUAGAAUAGAAUGCAAGUUUUUGAUUUCAAAAAAUGGCAAUACUUGUGCACAGAAAUUUACACUAUUGUCUUUGAUAUGAUAAUACAAAAUGGAAUAAAAACCUGCAUUUUCUAUUUUAUCAAAUAGUUUUAUUGCAAAUUUUGGAUGUGAUUAUGGUGUUUUUAUAUUGGUUUACAAUGAUAAUAGGGCGAUUGUUAUUUUAACAAAGAAUAAAACGGAAUCAUUGUUAAGAUUGAAAAUAUAUGGAAUUUAUCUGUAGUUUGGGCAAAUAAAAAUGUAUGAAAAAUAAA